AGGUUUCUAACAGAACGGCUGUCAGCUAAGGAGCUAGAGAGGAGAGGUGUUUGUCUACUUAAAUUGCAGAUAAAAUCACGCAGAUCAGGUUUAUAUGGACGAAUGGUUGCUGUAUUUGAACCUGUGUUCAAACCUGGAGGAAAAAAUGCAAAAUCAGAGUUGCCGUCUCACAACCUAAGUCCUGGUAAAUUUUCUUUACUUAAAGUGUUGAAAAUAAUUAUUUUCAUCAUUUAGAUCCAUGUGCCCUGCGGCUGUGGUGAAGAUUUCACUCACUCUCCACAGCUGUUCUUUGUUUUUAAAUAGGGUGUUGGUGUACUCUGGUGUUUUUGGUAGGUGGUUCAAGCGUAAGUCCCGAAGGGCUGGGCAGUGGAGGAGGUGAUAUGGAACUGUCUCAAUUAAAAUUAUUGUUGAAAUUUAGUAAUGGUUGCAUUUGUUUCUUUUAAUUUUUAAAUUGUAAUGGUAACUUGCUUCCAUGUUUUUAUUUUGUUUACUCUUAUAUAUAUAUAUAUAUUCACAGCUUUAUAUGUUGAUAUUUGAUUGGUAGUAUUCUUUAUCAAUUGGUGCGAUGCAAAUUUUCUCCAGCUGAAUGUCUCAAAAACAAAGGAAAUGAUUGUUGAUUUCAGGAGGGGGAAACACCAGAUUACAGAUCUCAACAUAAAAAAAUCAAAGUGUAGAGAAAGUGGAGGCAUACAAGUCCUUAGGUGUCACCAUUAACUCUCGAACUGUGGUCGGCCGUCAAAAUUGGCUGAUAUUCUGGUUAUGGGCUGUGGCGGCCGAUAAAAAACACGGUCCGAUAGCAACUUCCAAUCGAAUAUUUAACCGAAAUCAUAGCCACUUCCUUUUAUUAAUAAUUAAAUCAACUCCCGGAUCAAGCUGUUUCUUGAUAACUUAAUAAUAAGUACUUUGUAAUCGCAAUUUUAUAUCGCCGUUUUUUUUUAAAGCUAAAAUGGCGAAUGCUAUGGCCGGGGCUUUCAGUGCGAGAACUAAUAUAAAUAUUUUUGAAAGCUUUUUAGGAGAGGAUUUAAGUGAUACUGAUGAUGAUUUUUACAUUCCCCAUGACAUCUCACUUCAGAUUCUUCUUUCGUGAAUCUGAUACUAGUCUUAGUGAUACUGAAGUAGGCCUACUGAGGCUACUGUUAGACUUCGAGCCAGGCACGGAGUUUGGGCAAGGACUGACUGAAUUUUAGUCACAGAAGCUACAGAUUAUAGUAUUAUAGAUCAGAACUAAUAAAUUUUAUAGUUUGAAAACCCAAAUCAGUUCCACGGUUCAUUUUUAAAUGUUUACUAGUCAAUAAAAACUAUUUUGCCUGAGAUUUUGUAUUUUGUACUUGGGUUUAGCUGUAAUCCCAGUUUCUUAUAUAAAUGACCUAAAAUUACUAAAAUUGCUUUCAGAGGUUUAAUUGUAAUCAAAACCUUAGCAAACUAUACAUUUUCUGAAAGAUGAAUGAAUUCUCAACAACAUUUAAAUUUAUGUUUUAAGUGUAUCUAUAAAAAUUAAUGAUGUUAUGAGCACUUGAAAGCAAGACAUUUUGUCGAUUUUUAUUUUCUUGAGCAUCGCAAGGUCAAGGACACUGAACAAAAUUUUUUUUACGGGGUGGGCAAUAUAGCCAACUUUAACCCCAUCCAUUUACCUUUCUAAAAAUAUAUAAUUAUCGGGGUCUUGUAUCAAUAUUUCUACGUCAUUUAAGGCAAUUUCAAAAGGCACUCAAAAAGCUCUGUAAAGCUCCACACCACAGAAUGAUGCACGCCACAGUUCAAGGGUUAAUAAAACAUGGCUAACAUGGCAUGAGCAUGGCCAAAUGCUGUAUAAGAACUUCAAACCAAAGACUGUUCCAUCUCAAAAAACUGUACAAUUUCGGCGUAAACAAGCAAAUCGUUAACUUAUUCUACAGUGCAACAAUUGGAAGCCUACUUAAUUGCAGUAUUACCUGCUGGUGUGGGAACUCAACGUCUGAUAUUAAACACCGCAUAAAACGACUAAUCAAGAAAGCUAGGAACAUAACACAAACUAAACAUCCUUCACUGGAAGAACUAUUUGAAGAAAGAUGUUUUUGUAAAACUAAACACAUUGUGGAUGAUACAUCACACCCCCUUCAUCACAAAUACUUAGGAUCGGGCCGUUCAGGGUGAAAUCUUUCCAUCAGGGCGAGGACUGACAGAUAUAAAAAUUCUUUUGUUCUUCAAUCUGUACGAAUUUACCGGCGUGCUCCCUCUGAAGUCACACAUCUUUAUGAGAACUAAUAAGUCCCCGAUUUGGCUAAGAGAACUCACUGAAUGGCUGUUUGAGAUAAUUUAUUAUAAAUGUCUUGUCUUCAAAUUGUUUUAUUUAUGUGCUGAAAAUGUAUAAUGCAAUCAAAAAACAUUUCCAUUUUUUUAAUUAAUAAAAGAAUCUUAUGUUAGCUUAUCUUAUUAACAAAUAUCCUAACUUAGCAACUUACAUGUCUGAUACUUAUGCAACCAUGGCACUGAAUUACAAAAACAAAAUUUCUGAAUACAUAAUUUUUUUUUUCCUUAAGUUAUUUAAAUAAUAGAAAAUUGAAUUGUAAUUGUUUAAUAAUGUAUAAAUGCCCUAAAAUGUGUUUGUAGCUUUUUGUAAAGUUUUCUGAGGCCAUUUACAACAAAAAAUAUUGUUUUUCUAUUCACAGGAGACAUAGUGGGUGUGGCCUUGAUGAAAAGUGAGCCCUCUGAAAAGUCCCUUGUUACGGGUAUUGUCUCACAGGUCACCUCUUUCAACAUAUCUAUUGCCUUUGAUGAGUCACAGGAUAUCUUUGAACUUGAUGAUGAUGAAAUUUUCAAGUUAACAAAGCUUGCCAAUGAUGUGACGUAUCGCAGACUUAAAGCGUAUGUUUAAACAUAGAUAAUACUUGCCGUAUACUUUUUAAUGAAUGAAAUGUUUGCUUUUUUAAAGUUAAAGUUGUUCUUUUUUAAUUCAUAUAAUUUUAAUUAUUUUUUUUUUAAAGUGUGAGAGUAUAGACUUGACUCAACUAAAGAAAUAAAUUUCAAGAACAUUUCAAAUGACAAGAGCCAAACACAGAGACAGCAAUGUGUUGAUUUAAAAAAUAAUAAUAAUUUGGUUUUACUUUACUUAUAGUAGUGCUAACUGAUUGAAUGUUUCCUUAUUCUACUUUCAUGGCAUCUAGAACUUUGAAAGACUUGGCCAAAGUAAGGCAUGGGCGGUCACAAAGGCUCAUCGAUACUUUAUUCUACCAGGAAGAAAUCUCUUCCCCCAGCAGAGAAUUUUGUAAGAAAUUUUUUUAUUUUUGAUAUUUUAAUUUUAACUAUAAACUGAAAAAGUCAUUGUGCAUUUUAAGUGCAGCAAUGUUAGAGGGGAAAAAAAUUAAUACUUUUGAAAAUUUCCUCCAUGCUCACACUAGAGUUAGGUGUUGUUCGCAUUUGUUGAAGGCUAUUGAGCACAGGAUUUACCCAGUUUGUUGUUGUUGUUUGUUUGGGGACGCAAGACAAUUAUUAGGUCCAGGAGUGUCAAUUAAAUAAUUUUCUGUUCAUUUUGUUUUUAAAACCAACGUUUUUAAAAGAUAAUUACGUUUUCAUUUUGUAAUGAGGGUGCUUUUUUAAUGGGAAGAGUUAUGCUAAUAAGAUACAUUUUUUUUAAAAUAAGAAUUUUUAUGGAGUAACCUGAUGGAAGGCUGAAUAUACAUGUUCAGUCACGAUCUUACUAACUGUUAUUUUAAAAUUCUUAAGUCGACGCAAAUAAUAAUGUGAUUAGCACUCAUAAAUGGCUUCCAGUGUUCUGACACACAUUCGUUUUAAAUGCACCAAUUUUACAGCAGUUCUUAUCUGAGGUGUGUUAUGUUAAUUUAGCCUUCUCGUUUGUGAAUGAAAACCUGGAUGACUCGCAGAAAGAAGCUGUCAAAUUUGCUCUCAUGCAGAGGGAAGUGGCCAUAAUCCAUGGGCCACCAGGUACUGGCAAGACGACCACAGUUGUGGAACUUAUCAUUCAAGCUGUCAAGCAGGGAUUGAAGGUCAGUUUAAACCAUAAAGAAAAACAUAAAUUUUACUUUUUUUCUAUCCAAUGAGACCAAAAUUAAAUGAUUUAAUAAAAGCUCACCUCAAUCUUAUGAAAUUUGAAAUAAUAAUUCUUCUUCAUAAAGGUUUUUUUUAAAAUACAUUUUUGUAUGUGUAUUUCACUCUAGAUUCUUGCAACUGCUCCAUCAAAUAUUGCAGUGGAUAAUCUGGUGGAGAGAUUAGCCAGCUAUAAGCAGAGGAUCGUCAGAAUAGGUCACCCAGCCAGACUGCUCAGCCACUUACAGAAAUAUUCCCUUGAUGCCAUAGUGUCAGGGACAGAUGAAACAAGUAUUGUGGAAGAUGUCAAGUCAGAUAUGCAAAAUGUCCUGGUAAUUGAUGUUGGGAUUUUUUUAUGCAUUUACCCCUAGAAAAAUGCAAAGAAGGAAAUCUGUUUUCAUUGACAAUAAAUUUUUUUUUUUCAAACAAGGUUAAAAAUCAUUUCUGUUAAGUUUUUCUUUCAACAAAAAAAUAUUUGUGGUUUUAUCACAUUUCAGGUCAACAUGAUUAUAUAAACAGUGUAAUAAAAUAUAUUUAUUCAAUGACCGCUUUAAAUUCAGGUUGAAUUUAGUAUUUCUUUUUGAAAGGCCAAACUAAAAAAAGCCAGAAACCAUGGGGAAAAACGUGCCUUGAGAGAUGAGAUGAAAGUUUUAAGAAAAGAGGCCACACAAAGAGAGGAGGCUGCCAGCAGAGACAUCCUGUCAAGGGCAGAUGUCGUGUUGGUCACUCUGACCAGUGCUACGAAUGACGGCCCACUCAAGCACCUGAAAGAGGAUCAUUUUGACCUGGUGGUCAUAGAUGAAUGCUCUCAGGUGAGACAAAGGGGCUCAAGGUUAUGUCUGGAAAAUGAUUCUGUCGUCACGUUUUGGUAGGAGAUGGUGGUGUGCGGCCUUUGUCUAGGUGCGACUCCAUUGAAUAAUUAUUUUAACAUGGAGACCCUAUGUUACCAUAUAAAUUCGAAACCCUUGUGAUCACCAGUGUAUGAAGCACCGAAAACGUUUAGCCAACUCUGCAUGCCUGGUUAAGACUCAAGCUUUGCUUUUUAAUCAUUUGACGUAGCCCCACUGAUACUGAACACACUUUCAUUUAACAAAAUUGUUCAUCAAAAUAAAAGGUCAUAGUAUUUAGCUAGUGCACACCUGGCUUAGCCUUUCCAUAGCAUUGGGUUUACACAGCACUCAUUUUCUUAAUUGUUAUCAUUGUGCCUUAUCAUAGUUUACUUGUGUUUCCCUGACAAAUGUCAAACACAUUGUGCCUUAUCAUAGUUUACUUGUGUUUCCCUGACAAAUGUCAAACACAUUGUGCCUUAUCAUAGUUUACUUGUGUUUCCCUGACAAAUGUCAAACACAUUGUGCCUUAUCAUAGUUUACUUGUGUUUCCCUGACAAAUGUCAAACAAAGAGCUGCUAGUUUCUUAGUUCUUUGUUGUUGUUGUGGAAAAACUGAUUGGUAGACAUCAGAUUUUAAACCACUUAUUAUUAUUUGACACCUGUUGGGGUGGGAGGGUGUUGAAGGUUUGCUUGCUGAACAAGGAGCACUGAUCAUAUUACCCCCUAUCCAUUUCUUGGUUAAAAGUUUAAGGGUUUUCAAAGCUAAGUCAAACGAUAUGUCGUGGUGCAUAAUAUAAAAAGGUUGGGAAACCCUGCACCAGAAAAUAAAUUUAAAAGUUAAAAAAAAAAUUGUUUAUAUCUCAAAUGACAAAAAUUUUUGUUUGAUGCUAUAGAAAUUUAAAAAAUAUUUCUUUAAAUGAUUGUUUAUUUUCCGAAGGCAUUAGAGGCAGCCUGUUGGAUUGGACUGAUGAAGGCGCGCAGAUGUGUGUUGGCUGGAGACCACCUACAGCUACCUCCGACCAUCUUGUCAAAAGAGUAAGUUCGUUAGAAGAAUAUACAAAUGUUUGUCAGAUUAGUUUCAUGUGACUGCCUCAGAGAGUUAAAGCACUUAGUCACUGGUUACAUUUUAAGGGAAGGAAAAAUAAACAACACACAGCUGUUUAUUUUUUUAUUCAUAUUCAACAGAGCUGCAGCAGCAGGACUGGAAGUGACCCUCAUGGAGAGAUUGUUGAAAACCUUGGCCAAAGAAAAGGGCAGAGACAUUAUGCGAAUGUUGACGACGCAGUAUCGCAUGCAUCAGGACAUCAUGGCCUGGGCCUCACAACAGCUGUACGAGGGAAAGCUUGUGGCUCAUGAGUCCGUAGCAUCACAUUUGUUGAGGUGGGUGGAGUUGUGGUGGAUAUGGAUAAAUGUAGUGAUACGAGUGGAGACAAUCUAAUGAGUUAGAUUAAUUGGAUGUCACAUUACUUUUAGAUCAGUAGUUUCAAACAGAAUAAUGAAAUCUAGCACAUGUGCUCCCAAACAUGUCAUUUUGAACCAACACUUCCUUAGAAAUAGAAAAGCAACUUUUUUUUGUGUAGCUAAAUUGCAGGAAUUGUGAAAGCCCAUCAUGCCGCUUAGUGAGCACCUAUGGCAUAGUUUGUCAUUCCUGCUAAAAUGCAUAUAGUAUAAAAUAAUAUUUUCAUAGUUGUCAUUUGUGCUAAAAAGUAUAAGUAUAAUAUUUUCAUUGUUAAACUUAGUGCAUGGGCGUUUGAUACAGCUCAAAAGUCCCUUUUGUUUUUCUUUAGCUCCUUUGGGUUAGCUGGCUGCUUCAUUAUUGCUGUAUAUUGUAUGUCUGUCCCCGUGGUUUUUCUUUAGCUCCCUGGGGUUAGCUGGCUGCUUCAUUAUUGCUGUAUAUUGUAUGUCUGUCCCCGUGGUUUUUCUUUAGCUCCUUUGGGUUAGCUGGCUGCUUCAUUAUUGCUGUAUAUUGUAUGUCUGUCCCGUGUUUUUCUGCAGGGAUUUGUUGGAUGUGACUGAGGGUGAGGAGACAAACGCCCCUCUGCUGUUGAUUGACACUGCUGGAUGUGACCUGUACGAACUGGAUUUACCUGAUGAAGUAUCCAAAGGGAAUGAAGGUAAAGUCAAAGAAUCUUUUGUGUGUCUGACUACAAAACAGUGGUCAAGAUACUGGCUUUAUUUCACAAAAUAGUGUUCAAGAUACUGGCCAUAUUUCACAAAACAUUGGUCAAAAUACUGGCCUUAUUUCACAAAACAGUGGUCAAGAUACUGGCCUUUUUUCCACAUAAUAGUGGUCAAGAUACUGGCUUUAUUUCAUAAAACUGUGGUCAAGAUAUUCACCUUAUUUCACAAAGUAGUAGUUAGCUUUAUUUUAACACUCUUGAGUUAAUUUUAAGUAUGCAUCUUGUAAUUGGGGAUCAACAGGAUAAGAUGUAACCAUUUUGACUAGACUAGAUUUGGGAGUUUGACAGAAAACAAUGUCAGUUCUUCAGUUGAUGUUGAUUGACAUUCACCUUUUAUAUAUCAUUAAAAGACAGAGAGGUAUUAGAAUAUACUACCAUCAAAAUCUGUUAAAAAUUUAUAUUAUAUUAAAAGUUGCUUGGAUCUGCAGUCCCAAUUUUUAAUUGCUUUUAACUUUAUCCUUCUAUUUCUAUUACAUCCGGUAUGAAAUCUUAAAAACUCCUUUGUUAGAGCUGGGGAAAUAAGAAACAGAAAAAAAAAGAGUGUCAGCAAAAUGCCUGCUUCAGCAAACAGACGCAGUACAAUUUAAAUUUUUUUUUAACUUAUAAAAUAUGAAGUCCAACAGAAAAAUAAGAAAAAAUAAACAAUAAAUGUGUCUGCAAAACGCCUUCUUCAGGAAACAGAAUCAGUACCAAAUUUAUUUUUUUUUAAACCUAUCAAAUAGUGUGGGAAGUCAAAGAGAAAACUAGAAAUUAGAUCAAAUAAUUAAGGGGGUGGUUGUGGGUUUGAAUAAUAAAUCUUGACACAGUACAUAAAACCAUUUGUUGAAAGAUGAACCCUGACCCAUGACCUUCUGAAUAAUUUUUCAGGUGAGGCUGACAUUGUGGCUGCUCAUGUUGAUGACCUUAUAAAGUGUGGGGUCAAGGCUGUUGACAUUGCUGUUAUAGCCCCAUACAACCUACAGGUUCAUGACUUCUUGUUAUCUUAUUCAUAAAACGUUGCUUCAAUUGUCAUAGAAUACUCUAAAGCUUUUUUACAUGUGACUUGUUUACCUCAUCAUAAUUGGAGUUGGAGAUAACCAUGUCGCUGAGUUCAUGAAAUACAUUUCUUUUAUAAGAACAUGUUUGUUUUGCAUUGCUUCCCUUGUUGAAAUAUUGAAUUCAAAUAUCAGGUAGAACUUAUCCGCUUACGUCUCAGUGCCAAGUACCCUGGUCUGGAGGUCAAGUCAGUUGAUGGUUUUCAAGGCCGUGAGAAAGAGGCGGUCAUCAUCUCCAUGGUGAGGAGCAACCCAAAGGGUAAGAAUUUUCCGCAAUGAAACUGCAGUUUCUGCUUAUCAAAAUCAAUGUAAAAUAGGUGCGCCUCUUAAGAAACUAAAGUAACGCAGCAGCUGUAAACAUAAGCCGAAGCAUGACGGGAGGAGGAAGAAUUGUUGAACCCUUAAACUUUGUGACAGUAUCAUGGCUUAUUUUUGUGAUCUCACUAGUGCUCAGGCACUUCCAAUCCCCAGACAUAUCUGUAGAUACUUUGUUUCAAUUUUUACUCCAAAUCACAGCAGCCACAUCCUGGUCACUAUAAAUUCUGCUUCAUUUGCAUUUUGUCCAUCCACCCCCGUGGCACUACAGCCCAGGUAAGGCUUUGGCCUACCUCACCGCCUCCUUCCACUCACCAUUUAGCGCUUCGGUCCACCUCACCACUUCCUUCCACUCAGACCUAACUGAUGCUUUUCUCUCCCAGCUGCUGGUAGAUCUUUUUCCACAUCAUCCAUCCAUUUAAGCCUAGGUCUGCCUUUGAGCCAUUUUCCUCUGGGGUUUCAGUGAUGUAUCCUCUUCACGCCACUGUUAUGUGGCAUUCUUUCUAAGUGCCCUGCCCAUUUACAUUUUGUAGCUUUUAUAAAAACACCAAUUUAAAAAAAAAAAAUACAUUUUUAUUAACAAGUUUUAUAAAACAAAUUUAAAUUUGAAGUUAGAGAAUUUCUGCAGCUCUUAUUUUCUUUUUUUUUUUUUUUUUUUUAAAAAAUUUUUUUUUCUCACAUUCAUGAUAUAUUUUGUGAUCCAACAGGUGAAGUUGGUUUCUUAGCCGAGAAGCGGCGCAUCAAUGUAGCCGUGACUCGUGCCAGGCGACAUUUGACAGUUGUGUGUGACACUGAGACUGUCAGUCAUGACCCUUUCAUCAAGUCACUGGUGGACUACAUGACCGGGAAGGGAGAGGUUUUAUCUGCACAUCAGUACAUUCAAGGUGAGUUCGUCUUAUCACAGGUAAAUGUCAGUAGCUUCAAGGUGAGUUCGUCUUAUCUCUUAUCACAUGAAAAUGUCACAUUCAUUUAAACUAAUAAGGGAAAACAAAUUCAGUUUGAACAUUUUUGCUUAGUGCCAGAACUGAAUGUUCCUUCAAUGCCAGAACUGAAUGUUCCUUCAAUGCCAGAACUGAAUGUUCCUUCAAUGCCAGAACUGAAUGUUCCUUCAAUGCCAGAACUGAAUGUUCCUUCAAUGCCAGAACUGAAUGUUCCUUCAAUGUCAGAAAUCAAUGUUCAUAUACCAGAAACUCUCAUUGAUUUUAUUUAGCCUGCUUGAUGAACAUGUCCAUGAUAAAAUUACCUUUCUUUUACAGGACAUACGCCACUACUAACCACCACGCUAUCACGCCAAUUAGUUAAGUUUUCCUGGGUGCCUCUCUCAAGGGCCAAUCCAUUUCUUAGGAAUGCAUUUAAUUAAACAAAGUUUGUGUUUAUUUUGCUGAUCAGAAAAAAAAAAAUUAUUACUUUUUAAGAACAACUUUUAUAAUGGUACCUGUAUGUCAGACAGACGCUCCUCAAUUCUCAUAUGAGUACCUUGAUAUUAGUGGGUUUUUUUACUCCCUUACAAAAAAAGAACACUUUUGACAGGAUUUUUUAAAAAAAUUUCUUCCUCAGAGGGUAAAGUCAGCCAGACAUUCAGCCGGCCUGUCAGGCUGCUAGACAUGAUGGAAAACAAGAAAACACAAAGUUCAACAAAGCAGGAGAAGUCGAGGUAGUUUUACCCAGUCUCAAUGUCAUAACUGAAGUGUGCGGGUUUUGUGGCUCAACUUUUCAUGAGUCUUCUUGUACUUCAAUGAAAACAGGCACAAGAUAACAAAUCUUCCAAAAGGUUCUUCACUUCACUGAUUUAUACAUUUCUGACAUCUCUGAUAUCUAACAUCCUGUUUACCCUUCAGGAUAGUAUCAAGCUGGUCUUUUAUUAAAGAAUAAAAUUCACCUUUGGAAGCUCUUAAAUGGGACAUAAUAUUUUUUGUUAAAUUUUAGUUGUGAAUUUUGGAUUUGUGUUAAUAUUACACUGCCAAUGAGGCAAUAGUCAUGUUAAUCAUAUGGGGAAGGGUUGGGGGGUGCGGGGGGGGUGUGGAGGAUGUUUAAAAAAACAACUGAAGCAACAGACUAGAACACGCACAACAUGAUCGGGGAAAUUUAUUAUGAGACGUUGUUAAUUUUGACAAAUUUGUCUUGUCUUCGGCCCGCAACAGAGAAAAACCACUGCAGAGCAAGGAGGAAAAGCUGGCCAUGUACAAACUAGACCUGGAGAAAUUUAUCUCAGAUGCCAGUCUGUCUACCCUCGACUUUCCCGCCUCGUUGAACUCGCAUGACAGGAUGGUCAUACAUGAGGUUUGUGUGGUGCUUUCAAGUUGUGGCCGAGGCGUUGGCUGUCAUCCAUAUUUAUUUGUAUUAGGCAAACAUUUUUUUUUUUAAAAUCCACUCCUAUGCACCUGUAGACUUUCAGAUAGCAAUAAUGUGAAGUAGUUUUUGUUGUUGUUUCAUCUUUAUAGAAAACAAAAAAUAGCCUAACACAAGCAAGGGAGCUCAAUGAAAAUCCUGUGUGUUUGAUUUUUUUUUUUCUUUUUCAAUUCCAAGGUUGCGGAACAACUGGGACUGGGUCAUACAAGUACAGGGGAGGGAAAAGAGCGCCACAUUCAGGUGUCAAAGGUCAAAGCUGUGGCAACCGAACCAGGUGGCAGCCAUUCUGAACUGGAACCCGGAAACUGUACAAAAGCUGAAGGUGCUUUUGAAACUUUAACAGAAAGAGUCAAGAACUUGAAUGCACAGAACGGUGAAGUGCUGUCUCAGGAUUUGCAGAAUAUUGAAGGGAAAAGUGAAGAAAGUUCUGUCCAUAUUAGCACUGGUCAAGAUGAAACUUUACCUGCCACCACAAGAGCAGGGGAAGAAGCCUCAAGCAAAGCAGGGGAAGAAGCCUCAAGCAAAGCAGGCAAACAGAGAAAUAAUGAAAAGAUUGUGAAAAAAACUGCAUCAGAACUACAAGGAACUGUGGGAAAAGAACCUGAUGUCAAUGUGCCGGUGCCAGAUGACAUGACACAGUGUCAACACUGUCUCAAAAACGUCAGAAGUCCCAACAUAGCUUUACACGAGGCUCACUGUGCUAAACAAAACAAAAACAAACCGGUCCCCGUGGGACCUGCCGCUCAGGACAAAUCUACAGGAGGGGUUGGGGCUCGGAAAAAAGACCCCAGAACACAAGAUAAGAAAAAGGAGAAACCCAAGUCCCAGACUAACAGAGUGUCGGACGUCCUGAGCAAGAUCGACGACGAUGACUUUGACGGGCUGAUCGCCAGCAUCACCGAGCUGGACAGCAAGUGCGCCUACAGGAAGUGUAAGACGCUGACGAACACGUUGGGCAGAAACUGCGAAUACUGCACUCGCAGAUUUUGUCUUACUCACCUCAUGCCGGAGAUCCACGGCUGCGGAGACGCUGUCAAGGAGGCGGCGCGCCGUGUCAUCAGCAGGGAUGGUGUGUUACACAGCGGCAGUGGCGUUCCGAACAGGAAACCCAAUCAUGCGAGAAGGGCACAGCUUGAGCUCAAGUUGGAGAAAAAACUUGGCGAGUUGUCCAGUAAAAGGACUAAGAACACAGAGAAGAAAAAGUCCUAACAAAUAAACAUUGUUGUUAUAUUUUGAUAUAUUUUUCUGUUGUUAACAUCUGAAUUUAAUGUUAACUUAUUGUUGACGCUUAGAACACAUCAGACUUAAGCAGAUGUCUUGUGAUCUUUUUCUCUUUAUUUGUAAAGUUUGAAAUAAUUAAUGAACAUCGAAUAAACG